AAGCGUAGUGCACAUUUCAAACACAACUCGCCUUCCACCUCCUUCCACCCUUUUAUCACCGUCACAAAAACAAACCAAAAUCAAAACCAAGGUUAAAGUCAGGCCAACUUCAAGUCCUCCUAAACCCGCACAACGUUGUGUUUUUAUUGUCCUGCAACGACCACAGUGGAUCAGGUGACAUAGCCUAAUCACCUGAUAAUGGAGAAGGGGUCUACAGCCUUGACCCACCUCCUCCCCUAUCCCGGGAUCAUCUACGACGGCUCUCUGGCUCCAACGCUUAGCGGCUAUCGACUCAUGAAGCCGAAGUGCACUUUGGCCGAUUUCUCCCUCUGGGCUGGAGGAGGUCGCCUGAUAGGGGCCAUCGUGUUUGUUUACCCUGCGGGCACGGUCUAUACUGGGCUCAUUAACCUGCCCCUUCAAACACAUGCAGAGGCCAAUAGACGGUCAGAGACCUAUACAUACCGGCCUGUGUCUCUUGAAAGCGCCGUCAAGUCCCCUGACACACACCCACACACACAUUAAGCGCUCAGCUCUCCUCAGGGACCUGUGGAUACUCCUGUGGUCCAGGCCAUAGAAGAGAUUAAACAUUAACCUGGGAAUUGCUUCCACACACACACACACACACACACACACACACACACACACACACACACACACACACACACACACACACACACACACACACACACACACACACACACAAACUGAGUACAAUCACAUACGAUCAGUCAAGUGGUCUGGUUGUAAUGUAGUUGACGGUCGAGAGACGCGCUGAAGGGUUCAUUGUCUUUCGGAUCUGGAAGUCUGAUGAGUGAGCCUGCCGUCCUUCAUGUCUGCCAGCGUUAUGGUCGACGUGGACAUCCCUUACGGCCCCCCCUCUCCCCUGGAGGACUCUGUCCUGGGGAGCCCUCUGUGUAGCCCCUCUCCCCUGGAGGACUCGAUGCUGGACAGCCCCCUGUGCAGCCCCUCGCCGCUGGACCACUGCGCCCUGCACAGCCCCCUGUGCAGCCCCUCUCCUCUGGGCCACUCCGUGCUGGACAGCCCCCUGUGUGGCCACGAUGGCUUCAUCGGAGGCAUGGAGGGGCUGCAGGCCAGGUCCAAGUCCAUGGACGACGACGCCUUCAGUUCUCUGGGCGCGCACGAGUACCCGUCCUCCAGCACCGGCUCCGGGUCCGAAGGUUCCACCGCCCUAGAUGCGCUGACCCCGGCGUCUAGCCCCUCGUCGGGGGUCUACUCGUCGGCCCCCGCGGGCCCCGAGGAGGUCAGCUCCCAGGCCUCGGCCCUGAACCUGGAGUGCCGGGUGUGCGGCGACCGCGCCUCGGGCUACCACUACGGCGUGCACGCCUGCGAGGGCUGCAAGGGUUUUUUCCGGAGGACCAUUCGCCUGAAGCUUGAGUACGACAAGUGCGAACGCCGCUGCAAGAUCCAGAAAAAGAACCGAAACAAGUGUCAAUACUGCCGCUUCCAGAAGUGCCUCUCAGUGGGCAUGUCUCACAACGCCAUCCGCUUCGGCCGGAUGCCCCAGUCGGAGAAGCUGAAGCUGAAGGCGGAGCUGGUGACGGGGGAGCUGGAGGUGGAGGACCCCCGUCAGGCGGACCAGAAGACCCUGGCCCGGCAGAUCUACGAGGCCUACCUGAAGAACUUCAACAUGAACAAGGCCAAGGCUCGCACCAUCCUCACCGGCAAGACCAGCACCCCCCCCUUCGUCAUCCACGACAUGGACACCCUGCAGCUGGCCGAGCAGACCCUGGUGGCCAAGAUGGUGGGCACGGGGGGCGGCGGCCUGCUGGACCGCGAGGCGGAGGCCCGCAUCUUCCACUGCUGCCAGUGCACCUCGGUGGAGACGGUGACGGAGCUCACCGAGUUCGCCAAGUCGGUGCCGGGCUUCGCCGAGCUGGACCUCAACGACCAGGUGACGCUGCUCAAGUACGGUGUGUACGAAGCGCUGUUCGCCAUGCUGGCGUCGUGCAUGAACAAGGACGGGCUGCUGGUGGCGUACGGCGCCGGCUUCAUCACGCGCGAGUUCCUCAAGAGCCUGCGGCGGCCCUUCAGCGACAUGAUGGAGCCCAAGUUCCAGUUCGCCAUGAGGUUCAACGCCCUGGAGCUGGACGACAGUGACCUGGCGCUGUUCGUGGCCGCAAUCAUCUGCUGUGGAGACCGGCCGGGGCUGGUGAACGUGGGUCACAUCGAGCGCAUGCAGGAGAACAUCGUGCAGGUGCUGCGGCUCCACCUGCUGGCCAACCACCAGGACGACGCCUUCCUCUUCCCCAAGCUGCUGCAGAAGCUGGCCGACCUGCGGCAGCUGGUCACGGAGCACGCUCAGCUGGUGCAGGAGAUCAAGAAGACGGAGGACGCCUCGCUGCACCCGCUACUGCAGGAGAUCUACCGUGACAUGUACUGAAGGGUGGGGAGGUUGGAGGGUGCGGAGAGCAGCACUAGCAGCAAGCAGCAGAAGCGAAGGAAUUCUCCAUCAGCGAGUCGUCCAUACCACUGAAAGCCUACCUGUGAAGGAGUCAAGGCCUGCAACGCGGAGGAGCGCGCCUUUUGUAUUAUGCCGUGAAAUAGCCUACAAUCCUACAAAGCAAAGUUCGGAGAAGCCUGCCUUCGGAAGCGUCUCGGCUCACAGCUCGCCUCUCUUCAUUCUUCACGGGGCCCCGUCUUCCGCGGUGUUUCUUAUAGAGAAGAUGGGUGAUGGGGGUUGAAGACCCCAGAUGCGAUCUCCACCCCCCCCCCCCCCCCUCCUACCUCUCCCCUACAGACCACGCCCACAUCCCCAUUUCCUCAUAUUGACUUCUGACCGAGAGCUCGCCAGGAAGACAGGGUAUCCCGUUUAGUUUGACGCCGUCUCGAACCCCACUACCCUCGGCUGAUUUCGAGUGGACGUUGCAGGAGUGGUACACCUGAGACACGAUCCUGUGCACCCCUCGGGCGGGCUUGUGGACGGGGAAUGGUGAUUUGAACUUUCUGAGGGGUUUUAAGCACCCUCCGUGGAUUGAACUGAGGCCUGAGUUGACCUCCCUUGUUCUCGACGCCCAGAAAAGAGGAAAAUAAUUUAGCUAACAGUCUCCACUCCAGCAGUGCGCUACAAGAUACACUUUUGUACCUAACGUUGACAGAAAUAACAAGAGCCAUAUUGGUAGUCAAACGCCAACCAAGUGAAUUCAGUACUAACCACAGAGGUUAAAGACGUGUGUGUGUGUGUGUGUGUGUGUGUGUCUCACAGGCAGCUGCUUCUCAUUGGCUGUGCCCCUUUUUGAUGAUGUCAUGAAGCAAGCCUCAGUCCAUGCAUUGGCUGCAUGAUGACCCUGACAAUUGUCCCAUUUGUCAGGCAGCACACGCACCGUGCUUUCUACAAAUUCAUGUCACUUCUGGUGAGGCUGCAAAAUGUAUGUUGUUUUUUUUACACUGAUCAAGCCAUAAUUUGUAUAUGAUGAAGAUCUUGGCAUUUGCACAAAAUCAUGACUUGACUGCUCUCUUUAACUCUCUUUCACCAUCAAGACCAAACUUCAACAUAACGUCCCUGAAUCGAUUUUGGGUUUUGAGUUAAACAGUUCUACUAUGGUAACCAGGAUGUUGAAAAAUGGCUCAGACAUUGUUUGGGUGUUUUUGACUUUGUAUCAGUUUGAACUGAGACUCGUAGGGAGACGAUCACUGUGUGAACGCACCACAAUGUAACUUUAAAGCACAAGUGUGCCUACUGGACGCAAGUGUGAUUCCCAGAGUUUUUGUUAGAAAACACUGCAGGAUAUUUCAGGAGCACAUCUUGUCUUUUCUACCCUGGCAUGUUGUAGAUAGCAUUAAGCUCGCUCUCAUUAGCACAAGCUAGGGAAUUCAAAAGAGAUUGACAGAAUAGUGGAAGCAUUGCUACUUGCUCUGAUUUCCCCCUUAGUCCUCAAAUGUACCCAAAAUAUAUAUAAUAAAUGUACGUUGCUUUGUUACUGUGGUGAGGUUGUCCUUUUCCCCCUCACUGCCUGUUGACGUGCCUUCAUUGGCUAUCUUUGGUUCCAAUCAGGGAGUAUUAUCAUGCGCUGAUCAAAGUUGAGAGAGUGGGAAACAUCCCUGACUGGUACAGAAGGAAAAAUAACAAGACACUGAAUAUUUACAAACCCCUCAUAUUCUGUGAUUUUUGUCAUACCUGUUUGUAUGUUGAGCACAAAACAACGUUUGAUAGAAUGGAUAUCAAACUUCUUUAGAGGUGCAGUGUUUAGCAUAUUAGUGGGGUCUAGCGGAACAGACUUGGCAGAAAUGGAAUAUAAUAUUCUUAGUUGUAUUUUAAUAAGUGUAUAAUCCCAUGAAAAUAAGAAGCAUUGUUUUUUCGUUAACUUAAAAUGAUCCCUUCAUAGCUUUCCUUUCCUCAUCUGACAGUUUGUAUAUUCACCAAAAUAUAUAAUUUGGCAAUUGCCGAUCAAUAUGUCACUACCACCAACACCAGCCAACCCAAACCAAAUUACAUUUUAAUUUGGUUUUGUCAAAGGAACUCGCUAGUACAAAGGACCUAAUGUGAUGCUGUAUAAACAAAUUGUACAUAUGUCGUAAUGAGUGCAUGAUCCAACUCUUAUCCCUGAGGAGAACAAGUAGUAAGGAUGGUUGAGUUGUUCGGGUGAAAACCAUCGAAUUGUACAGUAAUAUAAGUGUGUGUGUGUGUGUGUGUGUGUGUGUGUGUGUGUGGGUGUGUGUGUGUGUGUGUGUGUGUGUGUGUGUGUGUGUGUGUGUGUGUGUGUGUGUGUGUGUGUGUGUGUGUGUGUGUGUGUGUGUGUGUGUGUGUGUGUGUGUGAAUAGGAGUGUGUGUGUUUCUCUGUAAUUGUGGGAUGACGGAAUUGAAUGAUAUUUUUAUA